GUCCAACUGGGCCCCGCCCCCGCCCGGACAAGUCAGCGGUGUGGUCGCCACGCAGGCCCGCUUCCAGGCUCCUCCAGGCGGCCUCUAGUCUCCGUCAGUGUCGGUGUUUGCGUGGAUAAGUUUAGUGUCGGUGUUUGCGUGGAUAAGUUUAGUGUCGGUGUUUGCGUGGAUAGUUUUACACUCGGGUGAACUUUGCCUCCCCCGCCCCCACCCUUACUGUUGCUGGGGACUUCCCUGCGGCGGUCGGCGGCUCAUUCCCGGGUAGAGAGGAGCCCAAACUCGGCGUCGAGGCAAAUGAAAGUGAGCCAUGGAACACAUUCAUCUUCUUUAAAAAGUAAUAAUUAAGACCGGCAGAGUUGAGGUGUGAGCUCCACACAACAUGACGGGCGACGCCGCGGUGGUGCGGACGCUCGUCCAGGUCUGGAUGCACCGGGCCCGCGCUGGAGGACUGGCCGGCGGUGGGUGCUUCUAUCCCGGAUCAGUCAUGGACAGCAUGGACAAACACUUUGUCCUCCGUGGAUAUUCCACCUUCCCUCCCCGACUGUCCGGUGGCGUAAGCGUCGGAAAAGGCGCCCGCCGUGACCCGUCAUGCGUCAGGAAGUUGACCCAAAACAAGCGACCAGCGGCCAGACUGACCGCAGAAGACGUGGACAAGGCGAGGAGCAGCAAGAAAGCGGAAGUGAAGUCUUACAAGCAAGUGCUCAGUGAAAGCGCCCGAGAGAGAAAAGUGCCCGUCACUCGUAUCGGACGUUUAGUGAGUUUUGGAGGUCUGGCUGUGGGACUUGGUCUUGGUGCCAUCGCUGAUAUGGCCAAGAAGACAUUUAAACCUCAACAGCAGCAAGACAAUAAAACGUCAAUCCUGAACCCCAACAGCUUCCUGUCUGAAGCCAACGCUGAGAGGAUCGUCCGCACCUUGUGUAAAGUCCGCGGCGCCGCGUUAAAACUGGGCCAGAUGCUGAGUAUUCAAGACGACGCCUUCAUUAACCCUCAACUGGCAAAGAUCUUUGAUCGUGUUCGGCAAAGUGCGGACUUCAUGCCCACCAAGCAGAUGAUGAAGGCCAUCAGCAGUGACCUGGGUCCAGACUGGCGCCAACACCUGGACUACUUUGAGGAGAAACCCUUUGCGGCGGCCUCCAUCGGCCAGGUGCACCUGGGCCGCAUGAAAGAUGGCCGCCAGGUCGCCAUCAAGAUUCAGUAUCCUGGAGUGUCCAAAAGUAUCGAGAGUGACGUGAACAACAUCAUGACUGUUCUCAGCCUCAGCAACGCUCUGCCUCAAGGAUUGUUCCCACAACAUUUGAUGCGUGUGAUGAGCAGAGAGCUGGCACUGGAGUGUGAUUACAUCAGAGAGGCCAAGUGUGCCAUCAAGUUCCAAGAGCUGCUGAAGGACCAGACCUUCUUCCAGGUUCCUGACGUCAUCCAGGAACUGAGCAGCCGCCACGUGCUUACCACCACUCUGGUGCCGGGCUUCCCUCUGGACCAAGGCACACAUCUCUCCCAGGAAGUCAGGAACCAGAUCUGUGAGCAGAUCCUGACUUUAUGUCUGAGAGAACUCUUUGACUUCCGCUUCAUGCAGACUGAUCCCAACUGGGCCAACUUCUUCUACAACCCGCACACACACACUGUGGCGCUGUUGGACUUUGGUGCCACGCGAGAGUUUGAUCCAAGUUUCACGGACAUGUACAUCCAGGUGAUCCAGGCGGCAGCCCAGCAGGACAGAGAAGGCGUCCUUCAGAGAUCCAGAGACAUGAACUUCCUCACCGGCUUGGAGUCCAAGGCCAUGGAGGACGCCCACGUGGACGCCGUGAUGAUCCUGGGAGAAGCCUUCGCCUCGUCGGAGCCCUUCGACUUCGGCGCUCAGAGCACGACGGAGCGCAUCCACCGCCUGAUCCCCGUCAUGCUGAGGGAGCGCCUGGCACCUCCGCCCGAGGAGACGUACUCCUUACACCGCAAGAUGGCCGGCUCCUUCCUCAUCUGCUCCAAACUGAAGGCCAGGGUGGCGUGCAAGGACAUGUUCCAGCGGGCUUACGCGCGCUACUGGCAGGACGCAAGCAAGUCCCGCUAAAGACGCAAUUUAAUAUUAUUAUUAUUGUUAUUUCAGACUCUGUUUAUUCAUACAAUGCAAUAAAAACACAACAACUUGCUUACUUGCA